AUGGAUGCGUGGGAGUUUGCCGAUGAGGUAGAUGUCCUUGCCAAACUUCCUGCCAAUUUUGACGAGCUAAGGGAAUCAAAGAAGUGGCAGGAACGAAAAGAAGCUUUGGAGGCGCUGUCCACUCUUCUCGACGCUACUGUUCGGUUGUCUUCAAAAAGCAGCUAUGGCGAAAUUCUCGGCAAUCUCCAAACGAUGCUCGCCAAGGAUGCCAACAUUAACGUUUGCGCUCUUGCUGCCAAGUGUAUCAAAGGAUUUGCCACAGGACUGCGGACAAAGUUCUCACCCUACGCUCAGUCGAUCAUUCCAGUUGUUUUCGAUAAGUUAAAAGAAAAAAAGCCUUUACUGAGAGAUCCCCUCAUUGAAUGUGCGGACGCCAUAGCUUCAACGAUCCCAUCACUGGAAGUAAUUGUCGAGGAAAUCGAGGCAAAUAUGGGAAAACCUAACCCUCAGAUCAAGCAGCAAGUGGACAAUUUUUUGAGCAGACAAAUCAAUUUGCUGACUACAGACAAGGCCCCGAAGAAGCUUAUCAAAGCGGUCGUUCCUGUGUUGAUAAAACACGCUGCAGAUGCAGACCAAGAUGUUCGUGAAGCCUCUUUGGCAGCUAUUGGUUCCAUCCAGCGCCUUAUUGGCGAGAAAAAUGUACGGUCUAUGAUUGGCGAUCUCAGUAACGAUGAGGCUAAGAUGAAAAAGAUAGCAGAGUUUGCUGAGAAAGCAGCACAGGCUCACGCAGAAGAGAUGGCAAAGCAUGCGACAAGCACUAGUGCUGAACAGCCAGCAACAGAUGAAACAUCCGCGGCUGCGGAAACUGGUACACGUUCCGCUUCCGCCAGUGUUCCAGCUCCUGUUAAGGAGGCAGAUCCGUGGGAUUUCAUGGAAGCAAUUGAUGUGCUGGCAAAACUCCCUGAUGACUUUAACACAAACGUUGAGAGCAAGAAGUGGACAGAACGAAGGGAUGCGCUACAGCUCUUUCUCGACCUUUUGACGACGAAUCCCAAACUGGACCCGAAAGCGUCCUAUGGCGAACACAUAUCACUUUUGAAAAGGAUAAUUGAGAAAGAUGCUAAUAUAAAUGUUGCGGCUUUGGCCGCAAAAUGUAUGAAAGGUAUUGCCGAGGGUUUACGAAAAAAGUUUGCUCCUCACGCUCCUUCGGUAGCGCCUGUCAUUUUUGACAAAUUCAAGGAAAAGAAGCCUCUUCUUCGCGAUCCUUUGGUGGAAUGUAUCGACGCAGUUUUUGCCACAACGACGCUUGAAGCGAUGGGAGACGAUAUCCUUGCUGCGCUUGAAAAGCCGAAUCCUAAUAUAAAAAUUCAAACCGAUCUUUUCCUGUACAGAGCUUUCAAGUUACUCAACGCGCAAACAAUGCCGAAGAAAACCCUCAAAUCCAUUGCACCGUUGCUCAUAAAGCACACAGCAGACUCGGAUGCAGAAGUUCGUGAUGCCUCUUACGCCGCACUGGGUUCGGCCAUGCGUGCAAUUGGGGAAAAACCCUGCUUGCCAUUGUUAACGGACAUUCUGGAGGACAAAUUGAAGAUGGGAAAGAUCAAGGAGUUCUACCAAAAAGCUUGUGAAGAAGCUGGUCCAGAAGUGAUCACACAGAUGGUCCAAUCAAUCCAUAAGGCUGAUGCUGCUCCUCCUCCAUCAAAAAAGGUGGAGCCCCCUGUAAAGAAGGCUGCACCGACAACACGUGAAUCGUCUACGGAACGUCGUCCAGCUGCUGCAGAGGAGGAGGAGCCAACUGGCGGUGAUGAGUCUUUGAAACCACCGGCAGGCGCUGCUCCAAUGAAAAAAGUUCCUGAAAAGAAAAAGGAGAUUCCGAAGAAGGUAGAGGAGGAAGAAGAAGAGCCAGUGAAAAAGGCACCUGAUGAAUUGCUAACAGCUAACGAUGAGAAGCAGCAGCGCCUUAAAGAUGAACGCACUCUCAAGACUUUGAAAUGGAAUUUCACUCUGCCAACAGAAGAGCACAUGAUGCAGCUCCAAGAACAACUGGGCCGUCAUGCAAAGGCAUCUCUUAUGGCGAUGCUGUAUCACAAGGACUUUAAACAACACCUGAAGGCAAUCGAGCUGUUGAACAAGGUGGGAACUAGUGGAUUAACUCAAUUUUUCUUUUCUUUUGUUCGUUGCAAAGUGGAGACUACUGCACAAUAA